CCACACUAUCGAUAGGCCCUUUUCUUACAUCCCUAAAACAUACGCGCAGCGUGGCUGAAUAGAAAUUAUUGCGGAAAUUUUCCUUGCAAAUCUUGGCCAGCGAAAAUUACCAUGUCGGCCCUCAAUCUGACCGUGCGCGUGCACCCGGUGGUGCUCUUCCAGGUGGUGGACGCCUUCGAGCGGCGGAACGCGGACUCGCACCGCGUCAUCGGCACCCUGCUCGGCUCUGUGGACAAAGGUGUGGUGGAGGUUACCAACUGUUUCUGUGUGCCGCACAAGGAGCACGAUGACCAGGUGGAGGCAGAGCUGAGCUACGCCCUGGACAUGUACGACCUCAACCGCAAGGUGAACUCCAACGAGAGCGUGGUAGGCUGGUGGGCCACCGGCAACGACGUUACCAACCACAGUUCGGUAAUCCACGAGUAUUACGCCCGCGAAUGCAACAACCCGGUGCACCUCACCGUGGACACUUCGCUGCAGGGCGGACGUAUGGGUCUGCGUGCUUAUGUUUGCAUUCAACUGGGAGUUCCCGGCGGCAAAAGCGGCUGCAUGUUUACUCCCAUUCCUGUCGAGCUGACCAGCUACGAGCCGGAGACAUUUGGGCUCAAGCUGCUCCAGAAGACCGUCGGCGUUUCGCCCGCCCACCGUCCCAAGACCGUGCCGCCAAUGCUGGACCUGGCCCAAAUCUCGGAGGCCUCCACGAAGCUGCAGUCCCUGCUGGAUCUUAUUCUCAAGUACGUUGACGACGUGAUCGCCCACAAGGUGACCCCCGACAACGCCGUCGGACGCCAGCUGCUAGACCUUAUCCACUCCGUGCCGCACAUGACCCACGAGCAGUUCACCCAGAUGUUCAACGCCAACGUGCGCAACCUCCUGCUGGUCAUCACGCUCUCCCAGCUCAUCAAAACACAGCUGCAGCUUAACGAGAAGCUCACCUUCCUGCCCACCGCCUAGAACGACGGCUGUUGUUGAAGUGGUGAUAUCUACUAAGGGUGGAAUUGUAAAUGGAUUGUGUUUUUUAUGAAUGGGUCCACGUAAUAAAGUGCUCGGAUCGCAAAAAAAAA